AUGAAUUCUGCAGCUCAGGGUGACACAGCCUCGGCCGAAUCCAACUACCCUAUCGCUAUCGAACACUACACCCGCGCCUUGAGCGAGCUACCCCGCGCUCCGGCCUACUACAUUUCACGCUCGACUGCCUAUUCGCGCCUCAAGCCCGAAAAUGGCGGACCCAACUACCAGGCCGCCCUGAACGACGCCGAAAUUGCACUCCAACUUGCCAAAGAGCGGGGAAACCGCGAGCUGAUCAUUUCCGCUCAGAUGCGCCGCGCCGUCUCGCUGUACCAGCUUGAACGGUAUGGAGAUGCAGAAUUUGUGUUUGGAAUUAUCGCAGAGAAAACAAAGAGCCAGAAAGUGCCAGAGAAUAAGUCGGAGCAGGUGCAGGCUGCUAUGGGAGGACCAGGAUCUGGGUGGGGUGGCCCCAGGAACAAUUACAGAGCCCAAAUGCCGAUUUGGACCGCCAAACUUCAACGGAAGCUGGCAGAGUUACCCAAGGACGAUCCGAAGCGCGCUGUGUCUAUUGCUGAAUUCCCGUCUUCCAUUCACGUUCCCACUGCAGAUGAGGUGAAGGCUCAGUUGACGGGCCUCAGCGCUGGCCUCAGCGCUGGCAACAACGUGGGAGCGGCCCCAGCCUCGCAGCAGACUGAGCAGCCCUCAGAGGCGGAGGCUAUUUUAGCUUCUCGACUUCAAAGCUCAAACACCAGUGCUACGGCUACCUCGAUUACCCCGGACAAGGUUCGCCAUGAGUGGUAUCAGUCACGGGAUUCUGUGGUUGUGACUCUUUAUGUCAAGGGAAUCUCAAAGGACAAUGUCGCAGUCGAUCUGAAAGAAGAUUUGGUCUCGCUGCAAUUCCCCCUCCCAUCUGGCUCUGAAUACGACUUUACCCUCGACCCACUCUAUGCAUCUAUCAACCCCGCCGAGUCCAAAGUCUCAGUCAAGAGCACCAAGAUUGAACUCACUCUGCGAAAGCUUACAGCCGGCCAAAACUGGAGUGCUCUCGAAGGUUCACACGCCGACCCUCUAGCCGCGCAAAAGGCGCCAGCUACCGCGGGACCUUCGUAUCCCACCUCUUCACGCCACGGCACCAAGGAUUGGGACAAGGUCGCAUCCUCGCUCACUGAGAAGAAAGCAAAGGGCAAGUCAGGGGAUAAUGAAAAUGUAUCGGAUGACGAAGGUGGUGAUGCUGUCGACGGGUUCUUCAAGAAGCUGUAUGCCAACGCUGACCCAGAGACGCGCCGGGCUAUGAUCAAAAGCUACACCGAAAGCCAGGGGACCACGCUGAGCACGAACUGGUCUGAGGUUGCGAAGGGGAAGGUGGAAGCUCGCCCUGAAUGA